GCGCCGCCAUGACGCAGCCUACGUGCGCGCCCGCGUGAGGCCGAGAGCGGAAGUGCCGGGCUGACUGACGGGGCCGGGGAGUGGGCGGCGGCGGAGGCUGUGGUGACGGCUGCUCGGGGUCGUCGCGAUGGCGACGUUCGUGACGGUGCAGCUGAAGAAGGCUGCCGAGGUGGACGUGGCGCGGCCGCUGAGCAAGUUCAUCCAGCAGACGUACCCGGCGGGCGGCGAGGAGGCGACGCAGUUCGGCAAGGCCGCCGAGGAGCUGAGCCGCCUGCGCCGGGCCGCGCUCGGCCGCCCGCUGGACCGCCACGACGCGGCGCUGGAUACGCUGCUGCGGUAUUAUGAUCAGAUUUGUUCCAUCGAGCCAAAAUUCCCGUUUUCUGAAAACCAGAUCUGCUUGACCUUUACCUGGAAGGAUGCUUUUGACAAAGGAUCGCUUUUUGGAGGAUCUGUAAAACUGGCUCUUGCAAGCUUAGGCUAUGAAAAGACAUGUGUAUUAUUCAACUGUGCAGCAUUAGCGAGCCAGAUCGCAGCAGACCAGAAUCUGGAUAACGAUGAAGGAUUGAAAGUCGCUGCUAAGCAUUAUCAGUUUGCCAGUGGUGCCUUCUUGCACAUCAAGGAGACUGUUUUGUCUGCAUUGAAUCGAGAACCUACUGCUGACAUAGCUCCAGAUACCACAGGCACCUUGAGUAUCAUCAUGCUGGCCCAGGCCCAGGAAGUAUUCUUCCUCAAGGCCACAAGAGAUAAAAUGAAAGAUGCCAUCAUAGCAAAAUUGGCCAAUCAAGCUGCCGAUUAUUACGGGGAUGCUUUCAAGCAAUGUCAGUACAAGGAUACCCUUCCCAAGGAGGUGUUCCCUGUCCUGGCUGCAAAGCACUGCCUGAUGCAGGCCCAUGCCGAGUACCACCAGGCAGUGCUGGCCAAGCAGCAGAAGAGAUUUGGGGAGGAAAUCGCCAGGCUGCAGCAUGCAGCAGAGUUGAUUAAAACUGUGGCAUCUCGGUAUGAUGAGUAUAUCAGUGUGAAGGAUUUUUCUGACAAAAUCAGCCGUGCCCUUACAGCAGCAAAGAAGGACAAUGACUUCAUUUAUCAUGAUCGGGUUCCAGACCUUAAAGACCUGGAGCCUAUUGGCAAAGCCACUCUUGUGAAACCUACACCCAUCCGUGUGCCUCUUAGUCAGAAAUUCACAGACCUGUUUGAGAAGAUGGUCCCAGUGGCUGUGCAGCAGUCUGUGGCUUGCUCUAAUCAGAGGAAGGCCGAUCUGGUGAACAGGCUAAUCGCCCAAAUGAGAGAAUCCACUAACUUGGCCAAUGGGGUCUUGGCUUCCCUCAAUCUCCCUGCAGCAAUCGAAGACAUAUCUGGGGACACUGUUCCUCAGUCUAUUUUGGGGAAAUCGGCCUCUGUGAUUGAACAGGGAGGGAUCCACACAGUUGACCAGUUGAUCCGAGAUCUGCCUGAACUGCUGCAGAGAAAUCGAGAGAUCCUGGAUGAAUCGUUGAGAUUGUUGAAUGAAGAGGAAGCGACUGAUAACGAGCUGAAAACCAAAUUCAAGGAGCGCUGGCAGAGAACGCCAUCCAUUGAGCUCUACAAGCCUCUGAGGGCAGAGGGAGCCAAUUUCAAGGCUGUGCUGGACAAGGCUGUCCAGGCUGACGGACAAGUCAGAGAGCGCUAUCAGUCUCACCGGGACACCAUCGCUCUGCUGUGUAAGCCUGAGCCCGAGCUGAAUGCGGCCAUCCCCUCUGCCAACCCGGCUAAGACCAUGCAGGGCAGCGAGGUGGUGAAUGUAUUGAAGUCCCUGCUGGCCGGCCUGGAUGAAGUGAAGAAGGACCGAGAGCAUUUGGAAAACGAUCUCAAGUCUGUGACCUUUGACAUGAGAAGCAAGUUUCUGUCGGCCUUGGCGAAGGAUGGUGCUAUAAAUGAAGAAGUCCUCUCUGUUACGGAAUUGGACCGCGUCUAUGGGGGCCUUACAAGCAAAGUUCAGGAAUCGCUGAAGAAGCAGGAGGAGCUCCUGAAAAGUAUUCAGGUUUCACAUCAGGAAUUUUCCAAGAUGAAACAGUCCAACAGUGAAGCCAAUCUGCGAGAAGAGGUCCUGAAGAAUCUGGCAGUAGCCUAUGACAACUUUGUGGAGCUUGUCGCCAAUUUGAAAGAAGGCACAAAGUUUUAUAAUGAGUUGACGGAGAUCCUGGUGAAGUUCCAGAACAAAUGCAGCGACAUCGUGUUUGCCCGGAAGACAGAGAGGGAUGAGCUCCUCAAGGAUUUGCAGCAGAGCAUUGCCCGGGAGCCCAGUGCCCCAUCUCUCCCAGCCCCUGCCUAUCAGACCUCUCCUGCAGCCGGGGGAAAUGCACCACCUCCUACACCAGCGCCCAGGACCAUGCUGCCUUCUAAGCCCCAGCCCCCAGCCCGCCCUCCACCACCAGUGAUCUCAGCCAGUCGUACUGCAUCUGCUUCUGCCGUAUCUGGGACUUCUGCUUCAGCUCCAGCUCCGUCCCCGACACCUGGGCUCCCUGCAUCUGGCACAGCCCCAAGUGUGACCCCGUCUCAAGCCCAGGGACCGCCAUACCCCACCUAUCCGGGAUACCCAGGGUACUGCCAGAUGCCGAUGCCCAUGGGCUAUAACCCUUACAUGUAUGGCCAGUACACCCUGCCUUAUCCUCCCGUGUACCCUCAGAACCCUGGACAAGCGCCCUACCCAGGACCUCAGCAGCCUCAAUACCCGUUCCCUCAGGCUCCCCAGCAGCCUCACUACCCCCAGCAGUAGGGUGGCGGAGAGGAGGCUCGGCUUAAGGUUAGGGGGAAACGCACAAUAAGCCUCCUACAGAUUAGCUCCCCUAACGUACCGUACUGUAUCCUUUGGACCCGUCUGUGUUUGAAAGGCCCCGUCGGAUUGCCCUGCUGGGGUCUGCAGCACAGGACAGAGGCUAGAGUUGAUUGGCAAUUUGUUGGUGGUGGAGGGAAAAAGGAAUGGAGCUGGAAGUGUGGAGGUGUUCCAGCCACCUUCUCCAGGGAAGGGGUGAUGCCAGGGCAUGAGCUGGGCAGUGGAGAGGGGCGAAAACAUGGGUCUCCUUCGGGUUUGCAUUUUUGAUUUAGUUUUCAAUAUGCUAUUUUGUGAAAUAAUCAAAGGCUUGUAAAUCUUAUAACUUAAAAAUAAAUGACUUAACUGGGUUUUUAUUAUGCUUUGUCAUUAAUUCUCACCAUGCUGUUAUUCCUGGCCUUGGUCUGUUGUUUGGUAGGUUCCAUGUUGGCCGUGCUGGGUUUCAGGCCCACUGCGAGUGGUGUGUGUAGUCCAGGGCCAUUUGGGUAGAGUGUCGGUGGUGUUAGAAUGAAGCAUGUAGCCAGCAGAAGUCUUGGGGGCCGUGGCAGCAGAGUCCCAGAGAAAGGAGGAAAGGAUAGGUACCUGCCUCCAAAUAGAAGAAAAAUUGUUAGUAGAUUUUGACCAAAAUACCUUCUUUGUUUAGCUCUUUUUCAUUUAGUGUUUUCUAUGACAUAUUGAAAAGCAUUCCUUUCUUUGACUGGACUUUUAAAUACAAAGGAAUUACUUUUGAACAUUUGGUUACUCCCUUUGACUCCAUUUUUCUUUCUGUAUGAGAUCUUUCAUUGUUCCCCCUCUUGGAAGAUGGGACUAGGUGAGGGUGCAGGGAGCCUAGGAAACAGGUCCAUGAGCACCUGCUGCCUCUGGGGCAGGCAGGUAGACAGGCUGGGCAUUUGGCCUCUGUGUUGGGGAGCAGUCCAACAGGAAAGAGCCCUCAGUGUGGCCCAGAGAACAGGCCUUGGAAGGAAGAGGUAGUGCUUGGAAGUGAGGAGGGAGAGUCCUUCCAGGGACCUGCCCAAAUGCUUUCAUGCUAAUCCCUCUUGGCAGGAUGGAUUUUAUUCAAAAGCCCAUGAGCGUAUUUAAUGUUUAUUUUCUGUGACAGUACAGCCUAAUCUCUUUUUGUAAAGGACUUGAAUUGGUCGAAAAUAUUGUUUGUAUCGACUCGACUGGGAAAUGUGGAAAAAUGUUGUGUCCCUGUAAAUAACCUUGGAUUGUGCGGAAUUGUGAAAUCAUCUUGAGGUUGACCUGUGACUUGGCAGAAAGGUCUAAAGUCUUAGCUUCUGGCUUCUUUUAAUCUGGCGUCAGCAAAGGGGGGCAUCACGGUAGCGGGACUGUGCCAAAUCCUUCCUUUGCUGAAAUGUUCCAUUGGGCCAGGCCAGCCCUCACAGUUAUGGAAAGGGACUCCACACAGAGUUAGUCCAUUCCUGUAUCUCUCCCCCAAGAACGUUUCGGAAGGAUAUCCUGAAAAGAGGGAGUUCGUUGGUGGAGUGAUGGCCCAACUCCUGCCAGUGCUGAGAGACUCCCAGGACCUACCUUUGUGAGGAGGGCCCACGGUCUGGUUUGAGCAGCAUCUGCCUUUGCAAAGCCACCUCUUCUCCUUCUGGGUGAGGUUCUCUCUGGGUUCCCUGAGCUCAUGGUGCUGGAGAGAAGUCUGGCUUAGGCAGAAUACUGGUUAGACCUUCAAGGAAUAUUCAUUAGGGACAUGGGUGACGGCUGGACCCUUCUCAGCUGGAGACCCCCGAUAACUGUAACCUCCCUCAUUCCUCCAACAAUGAAUCCAGUCUUGACUCUUUGUUUCCCCACUAGAUGUGCUUACUUAUAGAAGAAAAGGGCAAGAGACCUGGAGGUAGGGCCAGGUUUGAGUCCUGAGUGGCCUUGCCAUUUGUCUGGGUGACCUUGACCAAGUCAUUAUGUAACAUGAGGGCAUUGAACUUGAUGCCUCCUACCUCUUUGCAGCUUGAAAGCUGUGACGUGUGAAAAUGACACUGGAGUGGUUAGCCAUUUCCUUCUCUGGUGUGCCCUCAUUUCACAUAUGAGGAACUGAGGCAAAUAGGAGUUAAAUGACUUGUCCAGGGUCACACAGCUAGUAAGUGUUGAGGUCAUAUUUGAACCCGGGUCUUCCUGACUCCAGGCCCAGUGCUCUAUCCAUUGUACCACCUCAUUACCCCCUUUUCUUUUAGGAGGGGACCCUAAAUUCUGUACUUUCCCAGUCUUUGGGGAUCUCACUAGUUCUCCAGGAGAUCUCAAAGACAGUUGCUGGUAGUUCCUUGUGAUUUCAACAGGGAAGCAACUUAGUUGCCUCUGUGAUUCUUAAGUUGGUUUGCCCAUUCUCGCCAUGUCUCCAUCUGUUGUUGGAUCACAGCUGCCAUCAGUUGGGAUGAAGCCCCUAAACAUGUUCUCCAUCCACUCUGCCCCUCCGCUCCCAAACCCCCAUAUUAGACUUAUCACUUCAUUAAUCUCAGUUCUUGUCACUAAAGGGGCAGAGUUUCUACUUAUAGUAUGUCCAGUAUGUCCCAAAACAUUUUUCUAAUUCCUCUUCUAAGUUAAGACUAUUUUAAGAAUAAAUUCAUUUAUUUGCUGUAAUUGGUAUUAAAAUAUAGUUAAAUAUAUUACAAGAUGCAAAUGAAGGCGAGCACAAUCUUGUAAUUUGGAAUUUAUGCAUAAUCCCAGAUACUAGUGCUGGUUGGGUAGUAGCCUUUAGAUUGGGGCCAGAUAUAGCAGAGAGGUGAAGUUCACAGGGAUGGAUGGAAAAAGAAUUAUAUUUUUAAAGAAAAAGAAUGUUCAAGCUUUGUUGCUGGCUUGAAAUUUAUAUUUUUGAAAAACAAUCCUUUCUUACCACAGCAGGGACUCCAGAUUCCUUUCUGAGCAUAAGAAAUUGUUGAUGUUGGAUUCUAUUUUUAUUGUGUAUCUUUCUUUUAGGGAGAUUAUAAAGAAAUAAAAAUGUUGUGAUGACUGUACCCUAAAAAUAAAAGUUGGAAGAUUCUUACUGA